AUGUUAGUACUCUCUCUACUGUUUAGCACGUUGCUUUCUGAGGUUUGUCCUCAGACUGUGCCGGAGCAAGCUCAAUUCGUGGAUCAAAGAGGCUUCAAUGCUCUCAAGACCGUUCCACCACCCUCGGUGUCGAACCUCACCUCGAUUUUUCUGCCACCCGGUCUGAGUGAAGAUGAUGCUCUUGCAAAGCCAUUCCAUGUCUACGACGAGGCUUUCUACGACAUCAUCGGCACGAAUCCUACAUUGACGGUUAUCGGCAGUACCGGGGGCGAUCCGUUAUUUCAUGAAGCUGUUGUUUGGUAUCCUCCUACAGACGAGGUCUUCUUCGUCCAGAAUGCAGGAGCAGCCGCUGCUGGUACUGGUCUCAAUAAAUCAAAUGUCAUUCUGAAGAUCUCUUUGGACCAAGCGGCUGCUGUCUCAAGUCAACGAAAUGCUAGUGGCCAGGUUGAGGUGAUAGCUGUCAAUGCCACCCCAACAGUUAUCAACUCUAAUGGUGCUACGAACUAUCGCGGGGAAAUCAUCUUCACAGGCGAAGGUCAGGGCCCUGAUAUCGCGCCAUCACUUUUUGUUAUGAAUUCCGUCGAGCCGUAUAACACAACUGUACUUCUAAACAAUUACUUCGGGCGACAGUUCAACUCUCUUAACGACGUAGCCAUAAACCCACGAAAUGGAGAUGUAUACUUUACUGAUACGCUGUAUGGUUAUUUGCAAGAUUUUCGUCCUUCGCCUGCACUGCCCAACAUGGUUUACCGCUUGAAUCCAUCGACUGGCGCCGUGACGGUGGUGGCUGAUGGAUUUGAGUUGCCUAAUGGAAUUACGUUCUCCCCCAACGGUUCCUAUGCUUAUGUGACCGACACGGGCGCACAGUAUGCGCUCUACGGCUACAAUUUCACAGCACCAGCUUCAAUCUACCGCUACGUUGUGGAGCCCGACGGCACUUGGAGCAAUCGUAAGAUCUUCUCCUACGUGUCACCAGGCAUCCCCGAUGGCAUCCACUGUGAUACCAAUGGCAACGUUUACUCCGGGGUCGGCGACGGCGUACACGUCUGGAACCCCUCGGGCACAUUGCUCGGCAAGAUCUUCGUCGGUAUGACCUCUGCGAACUUCAACUUUGCUGGGAAAGGUCGAAUGGUCAUUUGUGCCGAGACACAGCUUUACUACGUGACUUUGGCGGCUGAGGGUGCGGUUGUGGCGAGUGAAAUGCCCUCGUCUUAG